UGCCGGCGCUACCAGGACUACGUGAGGCGGCACCCGGCCGCCACGGCCCAGCUCGAAGGCACCGUGCGCGGCCUCUCCUACCUGCUGCCAGGUCGCUUCUCUGAUUCUCAUGAACUAUCUGAGCUUGUAUACUCUGCCUCCAAUCUCCUGGUGCUGCUGAAUGACUGGAUCCUCCGAAAAGAACUGCAGCGGACCCUGCCUGUGUCAUUACCCGAGCAGAAACUGCUGACCUGGCUGAGUGUGCUGGAGUGUGUGGAGGUCUUUGCUGAGAUGGGGACUGCCAGGGUGUGGGGUGAGAUGGGCCGAUGGACCAUCAUUGUCCUCAUCCAGCUGGCUAAAGCCAUCCUGCGCCUCCUGCUUUUGCUGUGGUACAAAGCUGGUAUCCAGACAUCUCCUCCCAUUGUGCCGUUGGACAGGGGGCAGCAGCUCCACCCAGAAGGUGUGGAGGGCAGCCCCUCAGAGGAGGAUCUGGCAUACGUUGGCAGGCGCUGCAACCGUGUUGUGAGGUCCCUCAAAAGCACCCCUUCCCUGCAGUCCAGGCACUGGGGGUCUCUGCAGCAGAGGGAAGAGAAACAGAACCGAAAGACAGAGGAGAUGAACCAGGCUCCCACCCCUCUGGGGUUUCAAGAAACCAUUGCAGAAUCCAUCUACGUCACCCGACCCUUGCUCCACUUGUUGAGUUUAGGGGUCUGGGGCCAAAGAUCAUGGAAGCCCUGGCUCCUCUCAGGAAUCUUGGAUAUCACGAGCCUGAGCUUACUGAGUGACAUCAAAAACCUGAACAAGCGGGAGCGGACAGAGUUGAGGCGCCGAACCAUCCUGCUGCUGUACUACCUGCUGAGAUCGCCCUUCUAUGACCGAUACUCGGAGGGCAGGAUCCUCUUCCUGCUGCGCCUACUAGCUGAUUAUGUGCCUGGAGUUGGGUUUGUCACAAGGCCACUGAUGGAUUACUUGCCAGCCUGGCAGAAAAUCUAUUUCUAUAACUGGGGCUGACAGGGAGAUGGCCUUUCCCUGCUGCAGUGGGGGCUGACUUGGACAGCAACUGGCUGUCCCAAGAGAGGACAUGUGGGCUUGGGGAGACAAUUCUAUCAUGUCUAUUUUCCUGUUCAAUUGGUGACUGGACUCCUGUUCUCCAGGGGUGCUUGUGACUUCUUUUAUAUAAUCUAGCAAUGGAUAACAGACCAAGAGACUUUGGCUGCCCACACAACCUGGAGGCUGUGGUUGUGAUGGUAGCGGACCCCUUUUGGAAGCACUUGAUUCUUUUGUACAGCUGCACAGAAUAAAGCGAGGCGGCCAUG